GUUAUAUUGUGUGAAGCGUCUGACGACAUCUUCACACCCAGCCCCGAGCGGUGAAAAACGCUCUUAUUAGUAAAUACAUCCUUCCACAAAGCUUAAGAAAGAACCUCUCUAUGGCGGAACUUCUAAUCUGAAACUUGAAGGUACAUGUCACAUUUCUAGAGGAAACAUGGGAUGUAACUGCAGUUCAGACUAUUCCGACAACGACUGGAUCGAGAACCUGGACGAAAUCUGUGAACACUGUAACUGCCCCAUCCCUCCUCAGUCGUGCAACCCAUACACCGAUCAGCUGAUUCCAUACCCGUCACAGCACUCACCUCCUAACUCGCCUCUAUCCGACAAUGUUGCUGUGGCCUUAUACAGCUAUGAACCCAAACACGACGGAGACCUGGGCUUCGAGAAGGGAGAAAAACUCAAGAUCCUCAACCAGAACGACCCCGAGUGGUACUUGGCCGAGUCCUUCACCACGGGCCAGCAGGGCUUCAUCCCAUACAACUUUGUUGGUUUGACCACGAUGGAGAUGGAGCCGUGGUUCUUCAAGAACAUUUCUAGAAACGAAGCCAUGAGGCUGCUCCUCGCUCCCGGGAACACGCAGGGCUCCUUCCUGAUCCGAGAGAGCGAGACGAGCCCAGGUUCAUAUUCGUUAUCAGUCAGGGACCUGGACCAGAACACUGGCGAGGGAGUCAAGCACUACAGGAUCCGCAACAUGGACAACGGUGGCUUCUACAUCACGGCCAAGAUAUCGUUCGUGUCGCUGAAGGAGCUGGUCCAGCACCACUCACGCGAAACCGACGGACUGUGCUCCAAGCUGGUGAAGCCCUGCCAGUCGCGGGCGCCGCAGAAGCCUUGGUGGCAGGAUGCGUGGGAGAUCCCCCGCGAGUCCCUGAAGCUGGAGCGGCGGCUGGGUGCCGGGCAGUUUGGAGAAGUCUGGAUGGGGAUUUACAACAACGAAAGGAAGGUGGCAAUCAAGAACUUGAAGAUAGGCACAAUGUCAGUGGAAGCCUUCCUGGCUGAGGCCAACAUGAUGAAGAACCUGCAGCAUGCUCGUCUCGUCCGCCUCUUCGCUGUGGUUACCCAGGAGCCCAUCUACAUUGUCACAGAGUACAUGGAAAACGGGAGCCUUGUGGAUUACCUAAAGACCACAGAGGGAAGCAGUUUGCCCACAAACACUCUGAUAGACAUGGCAUCUCAGGUGGCGGAUGGCAUGGCCUUUAUCGAGGAAAGGAAUUACAUUCAUCGAGACCUGCGAGCUGCCAACAUCCUAGUGUCUCACGAGCUCAUCUGUAAGAUUGCUGACUUUGGACUUGCGAGACUCAUCGAGGACAAUGAAUACACAGCUAGAGAAGGUGCAAAAUUCCCCAUUAAAUGGACUGCUCCUGAAGCUAUCAACUAUGGCACCUUCUCCAUAAAGUCAGACGUGUGGUCAUUCGGGAUCCUCCUAACAGAAAUAGUGACAUAUGGACGCAUACCCUACCCUGGUAUGUCCAACCCAGAGGUCAUUCAGAACCUGGAGCGCGGCUACAGGAUGCCAAAGCCAGAAAACUGUCCUGAUGGGCUUUACAAUGUCAUGACUUUGUGCUGGAGGGAAAGCCCAGAGGACAGACCCACAUUUGAGUACCUGAGGAGCGUUCUGGAUGAUUUCUCCACCGCCACAGAGAGGCAGUACCAGGAGUAACCCUACGCACAUGCAAAAAGUAUAUUCAAACUAAGAGCACGGCUUUUCUCACACGGCCCCCUGGAUUUUGUUUCCUUUUGUUGAAGAUUACAAACUGAGAAUUUGCAAGUACAGUAAAAGUUCUUUCUGCAGCGAACUUAUCAGAAAUGUCCACUUAGACACAACUCAAUCAGUCAUGGACUGUGAGUGCAUCCUGUGUCACCUGAGGCAACGACAAAAGACGGGAGAGCGAUCGCUGCUGCUUGGAUGGAGACUGACACAGACGACCAAGCAGCUGCUCUCCUGGUGCUCGUGAACAUGUAAAUACUGUCAAAUGAACUUAUCUGUGUUUUCUGCUGCAACUUGUUUUACUGAUGCCAGAGGAUUCUUGCAGCUUUGAUGCAUUACAUAAUAAAUUGUAUUUGUGAAUGUACGUGAAAUAAUUCAGUUAGAUUCUACAACAGUGCUACUGCAACCAUAUUAUGCAGGUAUGUUGAAAAUGAUAAUAAAGACUAGAAUUUAUGCUUGAUCUUAA